AACAAGUUUGGUUGAGGGGGUUCUGUGGAAAGAGUACGACGACGUUUAGUACCACUCGCCAGAAAGGAACGUUUUAGGCACCAAGAAGACGUUAAAAUGCACAAAGUUGCAUUCAGUCGUCGGGCACAGUCUCUGUGCGCCUUGGCCAAAUUCCACACGGCACGAGGAGCGUUGUGUCAGAAAACAGCCUUGAAAAACACAACUGGGGAUGUCUUGGAGAUGCCUCCAUGCAGUUUCACGCCAGAAGAACACAAGGGGAUGUCUAAAGAGUCAAUGAUGGAGAUCUGCAGAAAGUACUGCCAACCCAUGACCAUGAAGGUCACCUCCUACAAGAAGCCAGUGUUCGUCCAUCAGGGUCACAUGCAGUGGCUGUGGGACGUAGACGGGAGGCGAUAUCUGGACUUGUUCGCCGGGGUGGCCACUGUAAGCGUGGGCCACUGCCACCCAAAAGUAACAGCCGCCGCAGAGAAGCAGCUGAGGAAACUGUGGCAUACCACCAACAUCUACGUUUAUCCUUCAAUUCACGAAUACUGUGAAAAACUGGCGUCACACUUACCGGAUCCUCUCAAGGUGGUCUACCUGACAAAUAGUGGCUCAGAGGCCAAUGACCUGGCAAUGUUGAUGGCCAGAUUGCACACUGGAAACUUUGACAUCAUCACUCUCAGAGGAUCAUACCACGGCGGUGGCUCACAGACAAUUGGUUUGACUUCAAACUCAAAUUACAAGUUCCCAGUUGCCAUAGGACUAGGCUCUACGAACACCAUGUGUCCUGAUGUGUUCAGAGGUGUGUGGGGAGGAAGCCACUGCAGGGAUUCUCCCGUGCAGACCAUCAGAGACUGUAACUGUGCCCAAGGCCACUGCAUCGCUAAUGAACAGUACAUUGACCAGCUCAAAGAGACGCUUGCCACCAGCGUCCCCAGUAAAAUCGCUGCUUUUAUUGGAGAGCCUAUACAGGGAGUUGGGGGAGCAGUGCAGUAUCCUAAAAACUACCUCAAGGAGGCUUACAAACUUGUAAGAGAGAGAGGAGGUGUCUGUAUAGCCGAUGAGGUGCAGACUGGAUUCGGACGCACAGGGAGCCACUUCUGGGGUUUUCAAGGUCAUGAUGUUAUUCCUGACAUCGUUACCAUGGCCAAAGGAAUCGGAAACGGCUUCCCAAUGGGAGCGGUAGUCACUACACGGGAGAUUGCAGACUGUUUAUCAAAAGGGGGGGUUCACUUCAACACCUUUGGAGGGAAUCCAGUGGCUUGUUCCAUUGCUUCGUCCGUCCUUGAUACAAUCAAAGAAGACGGCAUGCAGCAAAACAGUCUGAAGGUCGGCACGUAUCUUAUGGUGGAACUUGCCAAACUCAGAGACAAGUAUGAGGUCAUCGGUGACGUCCGAGGCAAAGGCCUGCAGAUCGGCGUUGAAAUGGUCCAAGACAAGGCAAGCAGAGCCCCUCUAUCGACUCAGGACAUUAGUCAUCUCUUUGAAGACAUCAAGGACAUGGGCGUCCUUGUUGGAAAGGGUGGGAUGUAUGGACAGACCUUCCGCAUUAAACCACCCAUGUGCAUAACCAUCGAGGAUGCCAAUUUCUUCCUGUCCGUCUUUGACAAGUCCAUCCUGAAUUACAUGGAGAGAAGAUAACGUUUCACAUGAAGCAAAAGGAAGAGAACUAAGGCGCUGUUAAAGAUGGCGUCAUUAACAGCGUGUCUGUCUUGUGUUUUGGUAAAAGUGUUAUUGUCAGGAUGACUAAUCUACCUUCAGCUAACCUUUACAAAAAGUUGUGUUGUAAAAUGACAAGAAACACAGGAGUUUUAAAGAGAAGUCAACAACUUACUCUGGUUUAGUCUACUGUAGCCAUGCUUUGAUUACACAAAAUGAUGGCUAUGCUCUAGUACUAAUUUAUUACUAAUCUUGAAUUUCUAUUGAGCCUGUAUUUCAAAUGAAGUGUGAAUAAAAAACAAGGGCAUUGAA